AUGAAGGAUCAUUUCAAACAAAUUCAUGGCUCAUCACAGGGGGUUCACGAUGCCGACCUCAAUUUCAAGAAGAAGGAAUAUAGUAGUAUGGACACUCUAGGGGCUAAGUGGAGAUUGGUCUAUACGCGUCUUUUUCCUCACGUGGCCUCGAUACCAUCUCCUUACGCCAACGAACAAGAAGAUUCUGAUGCCUUUCUGCACAGAGUUGCCAAAAGGGUGGCCUCGAUAAGGAAUGACUACAGUCUUGAAGAGCUCAUCAUCAAAAUCGCGCGAGACCUUAAAGAGAAUCGAUCUGAAAGGUCAGCAUCGGUCGACUCAGCGGUAGGAUCCGAGUUGGAAGAUUUGAGGGUCACAAAGGUGGACGAGCCUAUAACGCCACCACCCGAGCCCUACGAAGGCCCUUCUCGGAUAACCGUCGAUGAGGCGUACAGUGAGCAAAGUCCCAAAUUUGCUCAGAAAGUUAUUAGGGAGCCUCAUGCGCACUCACAACCAGCAGCGCCCUCGUGGCCGUACCAGUGGGGCUGUAUCGCAGGAAUGACUCCAGUGGACGACAGGGCACGAGACAAUGGAUUUCAGCCUUCGCAGACUAUUCCUGAAGCUAGCUUCACGCCGUCAGAAAAUGACUCAUACUUUGAUCUAUCGCACGAACAUAUACCUCAGUCCGGUUCGGAUACCGUUACAGUCAGCGCGCCAUUCGCAAGCCAAAGAAACGCUCUACAUGAUUUGAACAAUGACCUAUAUGCUAUAUCCAGUCACCAAACCAACGACAAUUUUGUGUACUAUGGUUCUACUAUUGCGUCGAUGGCUCACAAUCUAUCCAAAGAGAGUUUGGAGAUGCCGCCAGCGACCUGUCCCAGCCUUGAAGGGCAAAGCCAAGUAUGGCCAUCAAUUACAAACGAGUACCUCAACGGUCUCAACGAAGGGUUCGGCACCGAAGACUGGGUUCAGACGAGCAUGCUUGGCGAGGAAGUAGGGAGUUAUCAAGAUCAGGAGGUCUUUACUGGCGCAUGA